GAGGCGGGGCCGCGCAGCAUGCGAGCUGCAGCCCCGGCGUUCGGAGCCACUGACCGCCAGCAUGGGGCCGGCGCUGCUCCUGGGGCUGCUUCUCUCCCGAGCCGGAGACCUCAUGGCUCUGCCCAGCAGUGACUGUGUCAUGGCAGAGCAGCUAUGUCUCUCUGACUCCACCUGCAAUGCCACAUACAGGACCCUGGAAAACUGUGCCCUGGCCAAGACUCGCCUCCUUUCACUGGAUCAUGAUAGCAGGGUCAGAUGUCUGAAUGCAGAGCUUGACCUCGGGAACAGCUCUUUGCUGCACUGCAAGUGUCACCGGCGCAUGAAGAGACAGGAGCACUGCUUACGCAUUUUCUGGACCGUUCACUCCAGCAUGACAGAUGGUUAUCUCAAUUUGGAGACCUCUCCCUAUGAGAAUUCAGCAAAUGAAGAGCACUGGAAGACAGAUUAUAAUAAACUGGCAGCUCUGGUAUCAGGCUCACAGUUAGCAGGAGAUGCAACAAAUCCAUGUCUGAGAGCAACACACGUCUGUAAUCUGAGCAAGAAGUGUUUUCGUCUGCGCACAGACUAUGCCUCCAUCUGCACCAAGGGAGCAGGAAGUGAGGAUGUGUGUGACCGGCGCAAGUGCCACAGAGGGCUAAGGAAUUUCUUUGAGAAAGUUCCUGAGGAUUUCACCAGAAGGAUCCUGUUCUGUCCAUGUCAAGAUGAAUUUUGCGGAGAAAGACGCCGCAAGACUAUUGUUCCUGAUUGUUCUUUCCAGUAUAACACCAAACCAAAUUGUCUCUGGCUUCUGGACUCCUGCUUAGAAGACCAUAUCUGCAAAUCCCGACUGGCUGACUUCCAACAAAAUUGUCAACCUGUAGACAUGUCUCCAGAUGGCUGCUCUCUGCACAACCAUGCUGCAUGCCUGCAGGCUUACAUGGGGAUGAUUGGCACACCCAUGACACCCAACUAUGUCAGUAACUCCAGUGUGGAGGUUUCCUUGUGGUGUACAUGUGAGAACAGCGGCAACCAGAAGGAGAAGUGUGACCAGAUACUCGGCAUGUUUGAGAGCAACAAAUGCCUUGAAAAUACCAUUUGGUCUCAAAUGCACCUGAAGCAGACAGCUCUAGAAAGACAGGAAGACUUAUUUUAUUCGUCUUCCCUAAGCUUCCAAGGAGACAGUGCCAGCGCAUCUCUCUCUUCAGCAAUGUCCCAGGUGGCUGAAGGGAAGACACAACGAGACAGCUCCAAACAGAGCAGUAUGCCUAUGGCCUCCUCUGUAUUUUCUGGAGCUGCUACUUCCUGGCCUUCUCUGGCUCUGUUCCUGCCCCUGUUGCUUAGCCCACAUUAAUGUGGCAUAAAUGGAAUCUUUCCUUCCCAUAUUAUUAAUAUUAUUCCAUAUCCAGGCAUGUUCCAAUACACAUUUACCUUUGGGAAACAGAAGGCUUUCAGACAAGAGGAAUGGCCUUAACCCAGAAUGGCAAUCACUGGAAACCUCCCACAUACUUGCACCCCGCUUUCCCUCUGUCAGUUUGCACUGAGCUCUGCAGGUACAGUUCUCACCAUUGCUUCUGCUGCGUACACAUUCUGAGUAGCAGGCUAAUGUUGCAGCUUAAUAGGUUAAAUCAAGGGUCUGAUUUCUUUCAGAAUUUGUGCAGAGUUUGGUUUCUGACUCUAGGGAUGAUCUGACAGUGCCUUCAACCACCCCACCAUCUAAAGCUCCUCCUCAGGCAUAAAAUCAUUGAAUGGUUUGGGUUUGAAGGGACCUUAAAAAAUCAUUUAGCCCCAACCCCCAUGCCAUGGGCAGGGACUACCUUCCACUAGACCAGGUUGCUGAAAACCCCAUUCAACCUGGCCUUGAACACUUGAAGGAAUGGGGCAAACACAGCUUCUCUGGACAAUCUAUGCCAGUACAUCACCACCCUCACAGGGAAUAAUUUUUUCCUAAUAGUCAAUCUAAACAUACCCUCUUUCAGUUUAAAAAUGUUGUUCCAUAUCCUGUCCCUAGAGACCCUGGAAAAAAAGUUUCUCUCAGUGCUUAUUGUCCCCCCGAUGUAUUGAAAAGGCACAACAAGGUCUCCACAGAGCAUUCACUUCUCCAGGCCAAACCACAUCAACUGUCUCAGCCUUUCUUCAUAGGAGAGGAGUUCUAGCCCUCUCAUAAUUUUCAUGGCCUCGUCUGAACCUGCUUGAACAGGUCCACAUCUGUCAUGUACUGGGCACCCCAGAGUUGGAAGGCUGAACUCCGGGUGGGGAGGUGGGCUGAGGUAGGGGGGAAGAAUUCCCUCUCAGCCUGCUGGCCAUGCUUCUUUUUAUGUAGCCCAGGCUGCAGGAUGGCUUUCUGGGCUGCAAGUGCAUUUUAUCAAGUCAUGUCUAGUUUUCCACCCAGCCAUGUAUCCAAGUUCUUUGCUGCAGGGCUACUCUCAAUCCAUUUCACUCCCCCACUCUGUACUGAUAUUGAGGGUUGCCCCAAACCAGAUGUGGGACCUUGUGCUCGGACUUGUUGCACUUAAUGAGUUUUGUUGGUAUCCAUUUCUCAAGCCUAUGAAGGCAUAGAGAAUAUCAUCCUAAAGACUAGAAGCCUGUGCUUCAGGGUGUUUUGCAAGUAAAGCUCAAUAAAUAUACAUGUGAAGUCCCCGGUAAACACCAUCUCUGGAUUACUUUCAGUUCCCUUUUCAAAUUCAUUCUUUUAAGCAUAAGAAAAA